AUGUCACCUGCUCUACUAAAGGGGGUAUGCCGGACGGUACUCCAUUUGGCUUCGUCAAUAGAUAUCCUCGUCGACCGACUGGCUAUCGGCUGUAUAUCUGCUGAUCCUGAGCAAAAUAUGCAGCUGCUUCUACCUUUAUCUACUUGCAAUCUCGACGCUAUCCGGGGAUUGCUUCAAUCGGUACAAAUAUUCGAAUUGCAUGGCAAUGAACCAUGUCAAAUGCGCACCUCAAAAGCUCUCCAUGAGGCGUCAAAUUUGCUUCUGAGGUAUUCGAGCAGGGGAGCGCUACGUCAUUUGUUUGUGGUCACUGCAAAUUCAAGCAUAUCUCUAUCUGAAAUAUCCCCUAACAUAAGCAGUCGAGUGCGAUUUCACACCGUAUCACCAGAGCCGGCGUUGGGAAUAUGGGCUUCCGAGCCAAAGGAUGGUUGGCAUCUAUCUGUUAGUUUCAAUGACGAGGAAGAUAAAGAGGCUGUUCAUUCUCUGAAGGAGAAUUUGAAGCAAAUUAUGCGCCAUCUUCGCUAUGGACUUGACCCCGGUGUUCUGUCAAACUUGUCAAUAGAGCUAAAUGGACAAAAUGGUUAUGAGAUCGAAGCCAUUCUUGGUGAUACUAAAUGCACAGCUUUGCGGCCAGGGGAGAAGUGGACACUUCUUGUUAAAAUAAGAGCUGUCUCUGAAGCAAUGGAAGUGUCCUGUGGUCAUGGCGUCCUCACCAAAGGCGACUUGGAGCGGGGAGAUUCUUGGGCUAAAAAUCAAGCCGACAACUGCAUUCACCAAACGAUCGAUCAAUUUCACGGACUCCUUGGUCCCCCUGAUAGGGCUGCCGCUGAAAACAAUUUCAGCGUCAGGCUAGAACAUAGUCAUUCAGCACUAUCCAGCUCUGCGGUAAUUAAAUUGGAAAACAAAUGUGAAGUUGCCCGCAUCUCCCGCAACGAUGCAAUGUUCGGUCAAAAGAUCAGACAGACUCUUCCCAAAGAUGUCCGGAAGUUAUAUAUCGAGGGAAUCACCGUGCAAGGGAGAGCCAAACCAAUUCAUUCAAUGCAUUUGAGCUGCCAUCUUGACAACGACAAUCAUGGGGAACCAGAGCAGGGAGAAAAUAGUAGUGAACUUCCUUUCGCCCAUUCCCCAUUAGAAAUCUUACCGGAUCUGGAGUUGCAUAAUAGUCCCUUGGUAGAGCUGGGUAGUUUAAACCCGUUUCGAAAUUUGGUGAGAGGGUGUGAUGAUAGAUGCUUUCACAACUUAUCUCCGGAUGGGAAAAUCUCGGGAGAGCAGGCGUUCAUUUCACCAAUUACCUAG